AUGGACCGAGAAGAAGCGGUUGCAUUUUUGAAACGAGCACUCUUCCAUCCCGGCAAAACAAAAUGUGAAGAACAAAAACGUGAAGCAUCAGAAAAAUAUGAAGAAAGGUGUGAACCAAGUUUUAAUAAAAUAACUGGUUCUCGUUACUUACAAUUCUUAAAACGAACUCUCUUUCAUCCAGAUAGGACCAAAUGUGAAGAACAGAAACGUGAAGCGCUGGAAGAUUAUGAGGAGAGAUGCGAACCAAGUCUACCAUGGAAUCGCAAUCGUCCAAACAAUCCAGAUCGUUAUUGUCCGGAAUUACGUAAAUGGGACGAUUUUGUGAAUUAUGAAAUUGGUAAUGGAGGCAUUGAUGAUUUGAGUCAAUUGAAACCCAACAUUAAAGCACCAUCGAUGACUGAUGUCGUUAAUGGAAUGAUUAGAGGUGUGAACGACAUUGGUAAACGUCGUUUUGACGAUGAUGAAUAA